AUGGGAAGAGAGGGGAGCCGGGGACACUACCGGUACCACUGGCAAAGCCACAAUGUCAAGCAGAGUGGUGUGGAUGAUAUGGUGUUGCUCUCCAAGAUCAAUGAGGACGCCAUUGUGGAAAACCUCAAGAAGAGAUAUAUGGAUGACUUUAUUUUUGGGAGCCGGGGACACUACCGGUACCACUGGCAAAGCCACAAUGUCAAGCAGAGUGGUGUGGAUGAUAUGGUGUUGCUCUCCAAGAUCAAUGAGGACGCCAUUGUGGAAAACCUCAAGAAGAGAUAUAUGGAUGACUUUAUUUUUACAUACAUCGGUCCUGUACUCAUCUCAGUGAACCCUUUCAAACAAAUGCCUUACUUUGGGGAGAAAGAAAUAGAGAUGUACCAAGGCGCGGCUCAGUAUGAGAACCCUCCUCAUAUCUACGCUCUAGCCGAUAACAUGUAUAGAAACAUGAUGAUUGAUCGUGAGAACCAGUGUGUCAUUAUCAGCGGUGAGAGCGGAGCAGGGAAGACGGUAGCGGCAAAGUACAUCAUGAGCUACAUCUCCAAAGUUUCAGGUGGAGGUCCCAGAGUUCAGCAUGUCAAAGACAUCAUUCUACAGUCCAACCCUCUUUUGGAGGCCUUCGGGAAUGCUAAGACAGUGAGGAACAACAACUCCAGUCGAUUUGGGAAAUACGUUGAGAUUCAGUUCAGUUCCGGCGGUGAGCCAGAUGGUGGGAAAAUCUCCAACUUCCUUUUGGAAAAAUCACGUGUGGUGAUGCGGAAUCCUGGAGAGAGGAGCUUCCACAUCUUCUACCAGCUAAUAGAGGGAGCCAAUGGAGACCAGAAAAGUAGUCUGGGUAUCACCAAACUGGAUUACUACUCUUACCUCAACCAGUCAGGUUCCUACAAGGUUGACGAUAUUAAUGACAAGCACGACUUCCAGGAAACCUUGCAUGCCAUGGACGUGAUUGGUAUCUCAGGGAUGGACCGCACCCUGGUACUGCAGAUUGUGGCAGGAAUUCUUCACCUUGGGAACAUCGGCUUCAAGGAAGCAGGGAAUUAUGCUGCUGUAGAAAAUGACGAGUUUCUGGCAUUUCCUGCCUUCCUGUUGGGCAUCGAUCAGCAUCGCCUUAAAGAAAAACUCACCAGCCGUAAGAUAGAUGGCAAGUGGGGGGGCAAGUCCGAGUCUAUAGACGUAACUCUGAAUGUGGAACAGGCGUGUUUCACACGUGACGCUCUCUCCAAAGCCCUGCACGCUCGUGUUUUUGACUACCUGGUGGAGUCGAUCAAUAAAGCCAUGGUUAAGGACCAUCAGGAGCUGAACAUUGGAGUAUUGGAUAUUUAUGGCUUUGAGAUAUUUCAGAAAAAUGGAUUUGAACAGUUCUGUAUCAACUUUGUGAAUGAAAAACUGCAGCAGAUUUUCAUUGAGCUGACUCUGAAAGCUGAGCAGGAAGAGUAUGUGCAGGAAGGAAUCCGAUGGACUCCCAUAGAGUACUUCAACAAUAAGAUUGUCUGUGACCUCAUUGAGAGUAAAGUAAAUCCUCCAGGCAUGAUGAGUAUACUGGACGAUGUGUGUGCUACUAUGCACGCGAAGGGUGAAGGUGCAGAUCAGACGAUGCUGCAGAAGCUCCGCAUGCAGAUCAACAAUCACGAGCACUUUAACAGCUGGAACCAGGGCUUCAUCAUCCACCAUUACGCUGGCAAGGUGUCUUAUGAUGCAGAGGGUUUCUGUGAGAGGAACAGGGACGUGCUGUUCACUGACCUGAUCGAGCUGAUGCAGAGCAGUGAAAUAACUUUCAUCCGUGCCCUGUUCCCAGAAAACCUCAAUGCUGAGAAAAAAGGCAGACCCACUACAGCAGGGAGUAAAAUCAAGAAACAAGCCAAUGAUCUGGUGAGCACCCUGAUGAAGUGUACACCUCACUACAUCCGCUGUAUCAAACCCAAUGAGACCAAGAAACCCAAAGACUGGGAGGAGAGCCGAGUGAAGCACCAGGUGGAGUAUCUGGGUCUGAAGGAGAAUAUAAGAGUAAGACGUGCCGGCUAUGCUUACAGAAGAGUCUUCCGCAAGUUUUUGAACAGAUAUGCCAUUUUGACGAUGGAGUCAUGGCCGACGUGGCGCGGGGAUGAGAGGCAGGGUGUGCUUCAUCUCCUGCGCUCCGUAAACAUGGACCAAGACCAGUAUCAGCUCGGACAUACCAAAAUCUUCAUCAAAGCCCCUGAGUCGCUCUUCCUGCUGGAGGAGACGAGAGAGCGCAAAUUUGAUGGUUAUGCCAGAGCCAUUCAGACGGCCUGGAGGAAAUAUUGUGCACGCAAAAAAUAUGUUCAGAUGAGAGAGGAGGCCUCUGAUCUGCUGCUGAACAGGAAGGAGAGAAGAAGGCACAGCUUGAACAGGAACUUUGUGGGUGAUUACCUAGGUAUGGAUGACCGGCCUGAGCUCAGGCAGUUUGUGGGGAAGAGGGAGAAGAUCGAUUUUGCAGACAAAGUCAACAAAUUCGACAGGCGGUUUAAGAGCAUCAAGAGAGACCUGAUCCUCACCCCUAAAUCCGUCUACCUGAUUGGAAGAGAAAAAGUGAAGCAGGGACCGGAGAAAGGGAUGGUGAAAGAGGUCCUGAAGCGCAAAAUUGACGUAGAGAAGAUAAUGGCUGUUUCUUUAAGCACAAUGCAGGAUGACUUCAUGAUCCUGCACGAGGAGGAGUAUGACAGCCUGCUGGAGUGUGUAUUCAAGACGGAGUUCAUCAGUUUACUGGCACGCCGAUACGAAGAGAGAACACAGAAAAAGCUACCUCUCAAAUUUAGCACCACGCUUGAAAUGAAACUGAAAAAAGAAGGUUGGGGACCCUGGAAUGCCGGAGGGUCCAGACAAGUGCAGUUCAUCCAAGGUCAAGGGGAUGUAGCUGGGCUGAGACCCUCAAACAAAAUGCUGCAGGUCAGCAUUGGACCGGGUUUGCCCAAAAAUUCACGUCCUACUAAGAAGGGCAUCACUCAAAGCCGUCCCAGCAUGUCCAGGACGCAUCACCACACCCCAACACGAGUCGCACCCGGCCCUCCAGCAGUUGCUCACCAGAAUGGAGGUCUGAAGAACGCAAAUCAUGCUGUCAAUCAGAGAAAUUCGCAACAUCACAGCAAUCAGAGGCCGACACCUGGAAACAUGGCUCGUCCGUUCCUGCCUACUAAUGUGAUCACUCGUGUUGUGUGUCAUUCAGUGCUAUUCGUCAUCCAUGCAAGACCUCAUACACCCAAAUUCAAUCAUUCAGGUCCUACUAAGAAGGGCAUCACUCAAAGCCGUCCCAGCAUGUCCAGGACGCAUCACCACACCCCAACACGAGUCGCACCCGGGCCUCCAGCAAUUGCUCACCAGAACGGAGGGCUGAAGAAUGCAAAUCACGCGGCCAAUCAGAGAAACUCGCAACAUCACAGCAAUCGGAGGCCGACAUCUGAAAACACGGCCCAUCCCUUCUUGCCUACUAAUGUCAGUCAGCUCAAGGACAGAGGCAGGAGACAGGCACCCCAGCAAACCAACCUGGAUUUCCUCAAAGUACCAGACCAAGGGGCCGCAGGGGCCCACAGACAGUCCACAAACAGGCCCACUCCAGGAGGUGGCCGUCCCAAACCAGCCCCCAAGCCGAAGCCCCAGGUGCCUCAGUGUAAAGCUCUUUAUGCCUACGAUGCCCAAGACACAGAUGAGCUCAGUUUCAACGCAGAUGACAUCAUUGACAUCAGUAAGGAAGAUGCCUCUGGAUGGUGGACAGGGAGGUUGAGAGGUAAACAAGGCCUUUUCCCAAACAACUACGUGACUAAGAUCUAAGCUCUUCUGCCGUUAAUGAGGGGACCAGACUUGAACCUCAGCGGACUUGUUAGAUGAAGGACAAAAAAGGAGGGAAAACUGAGAUAAUGAAGGAAGGAGCGAGGUGUGCCGUGGCUGUGGUCAAACUCCUCAUAAGCUCUGUGUUCUGGUGUCACUUGAGGCCAUGUGGGCAGACGCCGGUCGGUUGGACACGAAACUUCUCCAGGGCACUGAAUACUGAACUGUCCCUGUGAGCACUGAUCAAAACUAUUUAUUGUAUUUAUAUUAUAGCAUUCUGCAGUUUAUUUCUGAUGUGGUUUGUUCAUCUGUCAUUGAUAUUUAAGGUGAUCUUAAUUCACUUGAAGAGAUGAAGUAGCCAUUUUAUGUGGGAACAGGCCUUUUAGAGUCACCUGCUGUUCAUCAUUUUUAUUUUAUUUUAAUUUUUUUCUCCAAUUUCUUGAAGUCAUGUCUAAAUCAAUGGUUUUAGUGGGGAAUGUUUUGCUGCUAAGGACCAUUUUACAUGUUAUUCCCUUUCAUCUUGUUAAGAGAAACCCUAAUGUAAAAAAUGCACUAUGGCUCUUGAAAACCAUGGUUUGUAUGCUUUUGAAGUUCAUCAUCUCAGAACAAUGCCGAAUGUGUCAUUGUGCAAAAGAUGCAAACAGUUAAAACUGUCUAAAUUUAAACUACAGUGGUAUUUCCAUGCAUCAAAGACAUAAUCAGCACAUUAUUACUGUAUAGUUAUGAAACGUUUUAUAAGUAUGAUAUCAUACAAAUGUAGUGGUCAGAUCAUCCACACCAACAUUCGCCAAGGUGCUAGUCAGUGAAGAAUCAGAGGCUGGAUCCAUGAAAAUCUUCUUAAGGUGGUUCUCAAGAUCAAUUCAUAAUGUUCUUAAGUACAAUUCUUGAAAAAAAUGUUAUAGGGGAAGUUCCCAUAUACUUUCUUAAGAAUAUAUUUUUUAUUCUUAAGAAUAAAGUGACAGGUGGUGUCUGAUUGUAUACUAUUGUACUGAUGAGGCUGCCUCGUCUAAUACAACAAAUUCAAAAUUUUAUUCUGGUACAUCUUACCCUCAUUUCAUUUUAUGAUACAUUUAAAGUGAACUGGAUUAGACAAUCAUUAUAAAUGUUACUUCCAUCUGGAAUUUUAUUUGGGGGACACCCAAUAAAUUAGUUAAACAUCUUAAUUUUGGGUACUUAAAAGUUAGAGGUUAUCCUAACUUCAAGUUAUUUAUGGUGACUUAACAUUCAAGUAUUUUGGAAAUACAUAUUAGUAACUGAAAGUUAGAAAAGUGCAGUUAAGAUGAAUUUUAUUCUUAAUUUGUGAAUACUUUCACUGUAAAGUUUACAUAGAUAUUGCUGGCAUUUUACAUCAAUCUCAGACCAUUUUAGAAUGCAGGUGAAGUUGAUGAACUGUUUAAGAAGUAUAAUUAUUGGUUUAAUAGAUGCCCACUGGACCAUAGAAAAUCAGUCUUGUUCACUAACCAUGCAUAGAAAAAUUUGUAUGUGAAAUUAACAUUCACAAAUGAUUCAAUAGCUUUCAUACUAAAAUUGAUAUAAAACGUAGGAAUAAUUGAAACCAUAUAUAUGCUAAAAAAUCACAUUUCCUUAGUCACAAUUAUGGCCUCAUAAAUGUGACGAUGAAAUGUUACAGAUACUUCGCCUUAACUCGUAUUUCAAUAAUUAGUGAAUGAGACCCAAUGCAUUGAAAGCUUGUCCUUUUGGAAUUAAACUGAAGGUUAUUAAAAGCACACGUGCAAUAUUGACAGCAGGUGAAAAGACUUUGGGUCUUUAGUUCAACAAGACUAACAUGUCACUGUCAGUAUCAACACACAAGCCAGAAAGUGGUAUUAAAUCUUUGGAAUUUAAUGGAUUCCGGCUUCAAUUUGCCCAAUAAGAGGUAAAGCAAAAACACAGCUCCAGCAAGUUUAUAACAGUAAAAACCAAUUUAAACCCUCAGUUUAAAAAUGUAAUCUUUAUAAAAAGUAGAAACAAAUGUUUAUUUAUACAGACGAUCCAAGAAUAUGUACAUUAGUUUAAAAAGCAGCAGUCCAUCUCCCAAAAUGGCUGAAACAAAAUAAAGUGCAGGUUUUAGUGUCCAUUCCAACA